AGCUGUAGGGUUACCUCUCUUCUGGGCCAAAUGGAUUCAGGGAAUAACACAAUGAAAGAAACAACAAACAAGAGUGAACUGAAAUCUGGGCUAAUGCCACAAACUCUCACCAAGAAGCACCCAGGUAACCUUCUGAUCGUUAUUGGAACUGGGGUGAGCGCAUCUGCUCUUCCGGGAAUCCGGGCACUGACUUCAUGGCGUUCAUGUAUUGAAGAAAUGAUUGCUGUUGCUGAGCAAAUCGAAGUGUUACACCCCAUGGAUGCCUCAGAGCUCCGGAACAAUCUUCGGGAGAACCAAGAUCUAAUGGUUGUCGCUCAUGAUCUUGUCAGGAAGAUGUCACCACGUUCUGACGACAGUAAGCCCAGUUUUUACCAUGACUGCCUACCAGAAAUAUUUGAAGACCUGGAAGUUCACAUUCAGAAUCCUACGGCCUUGGAGUCAAUCCUUAGUCUCAUGGAGAGAGGGGCCAUAGUCCUUACCACCAACUAUGAUAACUUGCUAGAAGUCUACGGUCAGAACCAAGGGAAACCGAUGGAGUCUCUAGACUUGAAAGACAAAGCCAAGGUAUUGCAGUGGGCACGGGGCCUAAAUAAGUAUGGUGUUCUGCAUAUCCAUGGCCUGUACACCAAACCCUGCGUGAUGGCCUUGGAUCCAUUCGAAUAUAAAUACUUAACCCAAGACUUGGAUAUGGUCAGGACUUUGGAGGAUUUGUACAGCACCAAAUGCUUCCUUUUCCUCGGCUGCGGAGAUAUCUUAAAGGACUACGUCUUCCAAGAGAUCUUCCUGCGCAAUGUGUACAACAAAGUAAAUCUGGAACACUUCAUGCUGGUUAUCAAGGAGAACGAAGACCACUUCUUCAAGCUCCAGGCAGAUAUGUUACUGUAUGGCAUCAAACUGAUAACCUACGGGGAUACUUUUGAUAAGUUUCCUGAGUACGUUAAGUGUUUGUCCUCAGGGUUAUGCAACCAAAAAUCUUCAGAUGUUGAAAAUUCCGAGGAAAUGCCUGCAGCGCCGUCCCAACCAACUUCUGCGGAAAUCAAAGGAGCCGAACACAGCCAAAUAAGCAAAGUCAAGAAAGGUGGAGUGUUCAAAAUGCUUGUGCACAAUAAAAAGGAAGCAUCGCAAUAA